CUCUCCAUCUCUCCAUCUCCCUCUCCCCACAGUGUUUAAGUGUCUAUCCCUUUUUGUGUAGGAAGCAAAAUGAUGAGUUUGUGGUAUAUCAUUCUUGCAUUCGUCUUCUUUGCAUCUGUACUCAUUGCAAAGAACACGAGAAAGACUAAGAAGAAUCUACCUCCCGGACCACCAAGACUUCCUAUAAUUGGUAACUUGCACCAAUUAGGAUCGAGACCUCAACGUUCGAUGUUCAAAUUAUCUCAAAAAUAUGGACCUCUUAUGUCCUUGAAGUUUGGAAAUGUGUCUGCUGUUGUGGCGUCAACUCCGGAGACAGUGAAGGAUGUCUUAAAAACGUUCGACGUAGAAUGUUGCUCGAGACCUUAUAUGACUUAUGCUGCAAGAGUCACAUACGAUUUAAAAGAUCUCGCCUUUUCUUUCUAUACCAAAUACUGGAGGGAAGUGCGAAAGAUGACGGUGGUUGAACUGUACACCGCGAAAAGAGUAAAAUCAUUUCAACAUGUAAGACAAGAGGAAGUUGCCUCUCUUGUCCAAUCCAUCAAAGAAUCUGCUUCUUUGGAGGAAGUGGUUAACUUGAACAAGAAGUUAGUGAAACUCUCUGGGAGUGUGAUUUGUAAAGUUGGAUUUGGGAUAACUCUCCAAGGAAGCAAACUUGAGAAUGCUUAUGAGGAAGUCGUUCAAGGAACAAUGGAGGUGCUAGGGAGCUUUGCAGCAGCCGAUAACUUUCCAGUUGUCGGUAAACUCAUAGAUAGGAUAACAGGGUUACACAGCAAAUGUGAGAAGGUCUUUAAGGCAAUGGAUUCAUUUUUUGAUCAAUCUAUAGAGCAUCACCUAGAAACCGAUGAUAUCAUUGAGUUGCUCCUCAAGAUGGAAAGAGGAGAGACUGGACUUGGAGAAUAUCAACUUACUCGAAACCACACCAAAGGGAUUAUGUUGAACCUUCUAAUUGCUGGAGUAGACACUUCUGGCCACACUGUGGCAUGGGUGAUGACACAUUUGAUUACAAACCCAAGAGUUCUAAAGAAAGCGCAAGCUGAGGUAAGAGAAGUGAUCAAAAACAAAGACGAUAUUAUAGAAGAAGAUAUAGAACGACUCGAGUAUUUGAAAAUGGUGAUCAAAGAAACAUUAAGGAUAAACCCACUUGUACCACUACUAAUUCCAAGAGAGGCUUCAAAGGAUCUAAAGAUCAAAGGUUAUGACAUUCCAAAGAAAACAUGGAUCUAUGUUAACGUAUGGGCUAUUCAUAGGAAUCCAAACGUUUGGAAAGAUCCAGAAGCUUUCAUCCCGGAGAGGUUUAUGGAUAGCCAAAUUGACUAUAAAGGUCUAGACUUUGAGCUUUUGCCCUUUGGUAGCGGAAGGAGAAUGUGUCCUGGUAUAGGAAUGGGUAUGGCUUUGGUACAUUUGACUCUUAUCAAUCUUCUUUACCGUUUCGAUUGGAAGCUUCCGGAAGGGAUGGAGGUAGAAGAUGUCGAUCUUGAAGAAUCGUAUGGACUUGUUUGUCCUAAGAAAGUUCCACUUGAGCUUAUCCCUGUCCUUACCCAAUGGAGUUGAAGUCACAUCACCUUUUAAUUUCGUAGUUCAAAAUAAGUAAUGUGAAGUUCUUAUAUCAUUACCAUAUGACAAAAAUAAUGUGGAGAUCUUAUAACAUUACCAUAUCAAGAAAAUGUUUGUUCAAUCU